AUGCCGGAACUACCUAAGACAGGCUUUACUGUCCCGAUUUCCAAGUUCCAGAAGUAUGAUGCCAAGUUUGCGGAUGCUGUUUUGCAACGUGUAGUUGCUUGCUGGGUUUGGGGCUGCGGUUGUGGCUGUGAUGAACUUUUCGAAAUUCGCGAAAUCUUCGAGUCCGUACAGGAUGCCAUCAAGAACCUCUUCCGUUUCUCGAUCAUAAUUCGCAACAAUACUAACCGUGACCGGUAUGCGAAAGCGGCUGCAUCUGCAACCGCCAACCCGUUCAAUGAGCAGUUUGACGUUCAUCACAGGAAAAACCGCUGGCUGAUUGAGAGACGUGGGAAGGCAAUUACCCAGCGGCGACAGUACCUGAAGUAUUGUCGAGAAUAUCAUGACAAUACUGCAAGAGGUGCAGAAGAGUCACGGCAUGAGACAACCGGCGUUCAGCCUGCCCAGCUGUCCAAACAACCAUCUGCAAGGCCGAUGCCAAUUUCGAGGAGCGGCUUCUCAAAGCAACCUAGUACUCUAGCUCAUACACAGGCAUCUACCCUCAUGUUGACCUCCGGCCAAGUACUCGAAGAAGAUACGGAAAACACUCUGUCUCAGACUCCGUAUGCGACAUCUAAUGAUGACCAAGGCAGCGGCGCUACACUCUCUGUCAUCAAAUUGGAGCAUGUCUCCAAGGAGCUCAAACAGUUUGAAUGCCCUUAUUGCUGGCAAAUCCAGACUGCUCGAACCCAGAAAGCUUGGAAGAGGUCAGAUGCCUACGAGAGUCACCUCGAAAGUCGCCAUCCCGAAAAUUUCACCAAAGGCCAAUUACCGGCACUUCUCGAAAUGAGGCAACGAGCACUUGUCAAAAUGUGGCCCACUGACAGCCCUCUUGCCCUCUUUGCCAUACCUCAAGGAUACACCGAAGAAGGCGAAGCUGAUUCUGGCAACGCUGCCCCACGAAUGGAAUUCAACUCCCACUCUGUUCAGAACAGCGUAGCCAGCUGGAGCUUCAGUGCCGCAAAGGAUUUGAGAAAUUGCGAAGACAUGUUGAAUGAAUUAGCCGAGCAUGAGCCAUUACUAAGCUACUUUAUAGAACCAACAACCCUCCCGCCCUUCUCUGUAUGGUUACCUGGGCAAGGAAACGUUACUGUAUUCCGUCUCAGUAUCCUCGAGAUCAGUCAGAGGCUCGCAAGUGACAAACAUAGAAAUGCAGAGGCGGUGUGGCUAGACAUUGGAUUGAUGUUUUCUGUUUACAGAUGCACAAUAAAUGCCUUGCUCAUGAGCCGUUCUGAAUGUCCUAUGCGAGAUUCCAUCUUAAGAGAAUUUGACAGGAUCUGGAGAGGAACCGUGGAUCACACACGCACAGAGGAGAACGACGAAAGGAGAGAGGCAUUUAGCGAGUCUGCGGAUCUUGUUAUCGUUGAUCUUGGCCCAAAUGAGCCGCCAGAAAUCAGCGGGUUUCCAAGACCAUCUUUUGCGCAAGGGGAAGCCAUUUGGACAGACGUGGACCAAAGACCUCCUGAAGACGGUACUGGCUCUGCCUCGACACUGCCUCACUCUAGCAUCGAUGGAACCCUAGCAGACAGAUCGAAGAUGUUGGAUACACUACGCGAAGAGGCACGGAUUACUGGCCUUGUGUCCCCAAAUACCACUUCGGUGAUCCCGUUGACGGAGGCUGAGUCCCAUUUCAGAAGAAGGCUAAUCCGCGAAGACUUCAAUCAACGCUGGCCACCAUCAACGUUGUGGCCAAUGGAGAGGGUGACAGACGUCUUAGAGUCUGCAAAUGCGAACGAGCACUCUCCACAAAACGAUGAACCUGCUCUAUCCGGAUCUCAAAGUCACGGAGGCACCAUGAAUACCCUCGCCUCAGAUUCAACAAACACGGCAAGCCGGGAUUUGGCGAAGCAGUUACGUAGGUAUCGUCUACCCGCAAUUCAGGCGCCGGAAUUUAUCGACGAGGGUAUUGCCGUUUCCGCCGAAUCUAACUGGGCUAUUGUUCAUCAAAGCGAGCCUGCGAGCUUUGUAGUAGUAUUAUAUAUAUUUAAGGCAAAGCAAGCGACAGAGACUCCAUCUUCGAAACGGACACCAAGAGUACUGAGAAGAUUUCCUAGAGCCUAUAUUUUCGUCGCAUUGAUAGUUGCCCCGAAACCACUUUCCAGCUCGCUUAUGAAAGGGGCAAAGCCAACUUCUUCAGAUUCACGACAUACCAAUCGCUCUGCCAAUGAUUCGACCCUAAUGAGAUUUUCAAAUCUCGUACAAAGCGAUUCAUAUAUCAUCCGCGUAUAUAUGCAUCUAUCUGAUAAAGACCAUCCAAACGAUCAAGGCCACGUAUCGGCCACUGGCCUUCAUAUUCAACAAAAAUAA